AAAGGGUGGUGGUGGGGGUCCUCCUAACACACUGCGGGGGAAGUCCCACACCAAACAGCGACAUCAUAUCCAAAUUAGUUUCCAUGCAGAAAAACAGGACCGUCUCUCUCACACACCGUUGUCUUCAAAAACAGAUUCUCCCUUCAUCUCACAAGAGUGAGGGCCUCUGGGGGGCGAUGGGUAAGGGAUGCAAAGAGGGUGAGCAUCCAGAUUCCUUGACCAGAUCAUGUGUCCCCUGUCGCAUAUUAUGUCGGAAACUGCCUACAUCCCCCAGUUGUGCCGUCUACUGUGAGGCUGCACUCUGCAGGGCUAAGCCCGGCCACUACUACGACAGGCUGGUGAGGAGAUGUAUGAAGUGUGCAGACAUUUGUGGUAAACAUCCAGCAGAGUGCUCCCCACACUGCCCGACUCAGUCAGCUCUGACGGUGACCAUAAGACUCCCUACUGAAGUUAGCAAACAGGCCGUGAACACCAAGCCACCUCUAGGACCUUUGGACCCUGUCAUCCAAUCGUACGCCCUCCUAGGUUUAUGCGCAAUACUGCUGCUUUCCAGCCUGUGUCUCGCUUUGGUUGUGUUUCUGAGGAGAGGAAAGGCCAAAAACUCAAACACCAAACCCACAAGUACCAAAAACCAGAAGCAGACAAGUGCAGUUCAGCCAGGACAGGAGUCUGGCUUUCCAGAAAGUCAGACUGGAAGAAGCCUCAACGAUUGUCCGUCCAGUUCAACCUAUCCCCUUUACCGCGAGUCAUCAGAGGAUUCCUACCCAACGGAGACCUGCGUCUGCGUCCACUGUUUCCCUGACCUGAGGGGGCUCAGCCAGGACAGCAACAGACAGCAGAGACCAUCCUAUUCAUUCUACCAGCAGGGCAUCCUUCAUAGAACCCACAUCCAAAACGGGGGUUCCAUGUGGACAGGGGGAAGCCUGAGUGCCCAGCAGGAGGCAGCGGUGGGAUGAGGUCCGUCUGCAAAACUAGAGCUGGAGGAUUUCUACUUGGGAUAUCGGAGGUUGCUAGUUAAUGCACAGUUGACUGAUAAGGGAGUGCUCAGUGGUAAAACGCAGAACUUUGUGGUGACCUGCAGUAUUUUAGGCCUAAGAAGUAACCAUGAUACUUUGUUCAAACUAAGAUCUAACUAGGUCUGUAGCAGACACAUGAAACUAACUUUAAGGGAUACUUUUACCUCAUGCUUCUCAACGUUACAUCUGUUCUGACAUUUUUCUGUAUAGUUUCUCCAUGACAGCACUUAAAAUACAGUCAAGGAGCAACAAGGCAACUCUGGUUAUGCUGGCUUGUAAGGACAUAAAAUAUCACAUUUUGUCACGCUACAAACACAGACUUAGUGGAUUUUUGUGGAUUUUUACUCGUUUUUGUGGCAAACCAACAAAAACGAGUAAUUAGUGAAGUGAGGGUAAUAUUUGCCUAAAUGCAGUAAAGUAGACUCCCGCCCAUUUUGACAUUUAGUAUUCACAGAGUCACCUUUUUUAGGACGUAACUCCAAAUUUGUGAAAGAUUUGCUGACGUUUUUUCCUAGAGCAUAUCUUAAAUAUUCAAAAGAAAAAAAGAUUUUAGAAAGUUGAAAUACUUUUACACGAUGCUACUUGACGUGCAAAGUAGCCAAUCCAGGAGCAGCAUUCAUUUUACUUGCCACUGAUUGGAAGCCCCCCAAAAAGUAAAAGUAAGGAAGACAGUAGAUGCUAGCAUCUGGGAUGAUGCUAAGAUAUAUUAAUAUACAUGAAGGUAUAUUCCAUUUUAGACCAUUAAAAUAAGCAAUUAUAAAUGUUUUAGAUGGGGAGUCUGAACUGUUCACAGAUUUUAAGUAUUCACAGCACUCUGCUAAUAGCAGAGGUCGACUGUACCGAACGUUUGGCAGCAUUUUUCCUCAAAAUCCCAAUAAAUCAUGCUAAAGUUAUUGUUUUAACGUGACAAACUGAGAAUAUUGCUUCUGUAAAGAUUUGCUUGAUAUCAUCCUUUUUUUUUUUUUCAAAGGUUCAACUCUAUGUAAAGUGCUUUGCUACGUUUUCAUAGGCAUUUGCUUGUCUGCCCAAAACAACGAAACAUGACAAAUAAAGAAAAUCCCAAUGAGUGGUAAAA